GAGGUUGAGUUACUGAAUGGGCAGAUCGAUGGUGAUGAAGCCAGAGAGGAACCCGUUCCCCUGACCCAGCUGGCUCUCAGUUCAGCACUAGAACAAGAGGUACAUACAGCGAAGAGACAAAAUAAAAAUAAAUGUGUCUUGGAAUGUAGGCUAGCUAGAUUACAAGUAGGCAUGCCUUCAUUUAUCAUACUAUUUGCUCAGUGUGAUGACCCUCAUGUUUUGUGUGUAAUAGGUGCUAUGCUUGCCUUGUCACAUGUUUUCAUUGUGUGCAUGUCACAUGUUUUUCGUCACAGAUUUUCCAGUGUUUGUUGACUGUGUGUGUUGUUGAUUCCAGGGUUUGUUCACUAGCGGAGCUUCUCUCGCUUGCCCUGAGGACCCCCCUCCCCCUGCCAUCGACAUCCACCAGCACUGGAGCCACUUCCUGUCUCUACCCGUCUCUGAAUUUGACGUAAGUGGUGUCGGUUGAUGAUGAUGUCAUGGUGAUAUUUGGCAAUAGAGAAGGCGAUUUGAAAUAGUUAGUUAGGUAAAAUGGUUCCCUUUGUCAGUCAGUUUCGGUACAUACUAUGGGGGAGUCGUAUUCUUGCGACUUCAGUUGAAGGAUCUACAAUCACGCCUGAAAAGGCCAAUGAAAUUCGCGCCUCGCUGGAAGCCCCGCCUUCCACGGGUGAUAAGCGUGAGGCUCAGAUUAAUUUCUUCAAUUAUUCUGCUCUUCACCUCGGUGUGAACAAGAACGAUUCACGCUACUAAAACAAACAAUUGGGAAACGAGACUGUCUUGUGUUGCGCCAACUAAACUGUCCCAUAGUAGUAGAGCGUGCUCACGCCCUGGAUGUUGUGUGCGGAAGGUUGUACUUGUUCUCAUACGUUUUCGAAUCACAAACAAUUAGUUAUUUUUUAAUUUCCAGGCGCAAUGAGUAAGAUGGCUAAGAAAACGACCGAGACGACGAUGGCAAAGCCGGGUUCUGGGUCGAGAUCAUGCCCCAGUCAGGCAGUUAUAGCAUUUCUCUGAAAGAUACUUACGCUCUGUGUAUUUUGUCUCGGCUUGGAGCACGCUCAGGGGGCCCUCGCUCAAACCAUUGUCACGUACUGCGUACAAACUCUCUGGAAACACGUGUAGCAUUCUUGAGGAAGCUUGGAAUUACCGAUGGAAACUUUCCUUUGUUGGAUGCCGGUACUUUGGCUGGGACCAAGGUGCAGGAAGCGGAGAUGGAUUAGGUGGUCGGAGCAAAUGUCUUGUCUGCAUGGGCUUGGGAUAUGCGGUGGCUACCUGUGCCCAACCGUGCUCCUGUGUGCUCUGUCACCAGUUACGGGAGGCUACUCGAAGAGAGAAGGCGGCCAGGUUCGGUGGGUGCCCCCCGCCGCCUGUGUCUGCCUUGGUCAAACACCGCUUGCCUCUCUUCCCAGACUUGUUGAUGAAGAGUCCGGUCCCACUUCAGUGAUCUGGUCCUACGUGGACUUUCGAGACUGGGCUAGCUAAACGAGCGCUGCAUAGCGUGCUAGCCAAGUUGGGUAACUCGCUGAGGCGGACUAGCUACUGUAUUACUAGCUAUUACUGCCUCCCCUCAGUGGAGUUGCUGGGGUAGCUCUCUUGUUUAGUAUACGUAGCGUUAAGUCGCUUGGUUAUUCUAAACGGACCGUGCUGCAGUCAGUCUAGCUAGGCAAGCUAUACGCUAAAAAGCCUCCUGGCUAACAUCGGCUAGCAUGAUUAACUUCUGGCGAAUGAAACUUACUAGCUUUCCCCCGGCGUUAUGGUAACCCCAUUCCUAUUUUCAGUUCCUGGAGUGAAGGAAACGGUGUUUGCGUGCUCCUCAGAUGAAGAAGCAGCUCCCCCGAGCACUUGGCUGGGGUAACCCCCGGAGCGAGGGGCUUUGGCACGGGUCUGAGUGACCAGUGCACCCCUCCGCAAAGACAUUGCUGUGACAACAGCAAACGGGCUACUACGUCAGCCAUUGCCAGAGCCCCCCUGAGCACUUAAAGGGGCCGGGCUUCAUGCAGGCUAUGCAGUCUUACGGAAGCACAAUGUAUGUUGGAAGCUUGUCCAUGUUUAAUGCUGCCCCAUCUGUUACCCCACAUUCCACGGUGUUCACAGGGUUCAAGGUCUAUAUCAAUCUCCCCACAGUGAGAGUGAUAAGUUGGGUCACUGUCCACAAGGGGGCGACCCUCCCCCAUAGGUGGCUCAUUAUUGGGAUUCAUUGCUGAUUCCUACCUGUAGCUCACUAGUACCUAUGAGGUGUCUAGGGAUACAGGUUAUGGGCUCUAUAGGCGAUGAGUUGUUUCUAGCGGAGUCAAAGGAACGAGCAGGGUUGGACACGACCACGCUGUAUCCCACACUCCUGGGAAUUAGAUACAAUUAUGAAUCGCCCAUCUGUUACAACAGAAGGGGUCCGUUUUUCAGAGCUGUCUGUCCCAUUCCCAGCUAGGUUACAAGGCGCUCUGUCGCCAGUACCUAUGACUGGUCGUUAUUAGUGUGGUGAUGUAGUGUCCACUACGGUAGUCCUCUGUAGCUCAGCUGGUAGAGCACGGCGCUCUGUCGCCAGUACCUAUGACUGGUCGUUAUUAGUGUGGUGAUGUAGUGUCCACUACGGUAGUCCUCUGUAGCUCAGCUGGUAGAGCACGGCGCUUGUAACGCCAAGGUAGUGGGUUCGAUCCCCGGGACCACCCAUACACAAAAAAAAAUGUAUGCACGCAUGACUGUAAAUCGCUUUGGAUAAAAGCGUCUGCUAUAUGGCAUAUUAUUAUUAUUAUUAUUAUUAUUAUUAUUAUUAUUAUUAUUAUUAUUAUACUAAAGAAUCACUUUGGAAUCUGAAAAGACACGUAUCCCAAAAGCAUAAUGGUGUACUUACUAGUACGUGCACAUGCUAACAGAAAGGAAUGAGGUGGGUAGAUAGCUAAGUGUGUCAUUGUAGCAAAGUAUUUAUAAACUAAACAUCAGAUCUAUUAAAAGUUAUAUCUAUAUAAUAGGCUAUCAUUGAUUUUGGUCCAAUAGGGCUAACAUAUUACCUAAUUUAAGGAGCUUUCUGUUUUGAUAGGGUUAUUUUUUAAAUUUAAUUUCUGAAUCCCUGCCCAGCCUAAAGAGUGGCCUGAAGGCUGUUUAGCAUCCCCAGUGGCUUUACAAGCGCUGAAGGGGUAUUCUCUGCUGCUGACCUUGUCUCCAGGCACCAUCGCAUGAGCCUGAAGCCAGACUCUGGCCAAACUCCUGUUUCUAAAAAUGUAUUCAAAGGCACCAAAUGGUAGGUCCAGGUGGUCACACAAAUAGAUGGGUGUUGGUUAAAUUGUGAAUUUUUUUUAUGAAUGGAGCGAAUUUGGAACGGCAGUUUUAUUUAUUUUUGUGAGCGAGGAGAGGUUUUUAGAGGAAUGGUUGGAAAGGACGUGGAGCUGCUUGCAAGCACGGCUCCGUGAGCGAUGAGCGGGAUUUCCGACGCUCAACUCCGCUCACAUACUCUGGCUCUGACCAAUGGCUCGCAUGCGCAGUGUCGCCCUAGAUCAUAUGACCAGUGACAUCCGGGUACAGGCUAUAAUUUGUUGUGCGUACCCCACCCUUCUGCGUAGUCAUCACUUCGACUGUUCCCCAGGCCUCAGCGACAGUUUUAAGGGAGGAAAUAUACUCUUGUCUCCAGAAACUGGCUAUCCGAGUGGGUCCUAUGAAGAAGAUCCGGAACGGCUGGUACAGCCGAUAUUUCCUGGUUACGAAAAGGGACGGGACUUUGCGUCCCAUUCUAAACCUACGGGCCCUCAGCAAGCACCUCAGUCUACAAACUCAGAAUGAUCAAAAGUCGCUGGCUAUUACAGCGAUUGGCUGGUGGUGGCAGAGUCCAUAGGGAAAGCAGUUUUACACACAUCCAUGCUACUGUCCCAUAUUCAGUCUAGGCUUCAUAAGAAACCAGAAAAAUAGCUGUCGGACUCCAUCUCAGCACAUUCCGUUUCUGGGUAUCGAACUAGACUCACUCACGUAUCAUGCUUUUCAAUCCCCACGGAGGGUGCCCGGGUUCCGUCUCUGCUUAGGCAAAUUUCAGCGGGGUUACAGUGCGUCUUCAUCAGUUCCUAUGCCUACUAGGGAUGAUUGCUUCUGUGAUGGAAGUCGUUCCCGUGGGGCUUUUGUUGAUACGGCCCUUCCAGCCACUCACCUGGACGCAUCUCGCAGCCUAAACCGGUCGCUUCUGGGGUCCCUGUCAGGCCAACGGGCCAAGGCCCAGUAGUGGGACCCUCUGCUGUUGUCAGGGGACUCCCAUGGGCUGAGUUGUAUCCCGCAAGGUGAUCACAAAAGACUCAUCCACCCGAGGGUGGGGUGCACUGUACGAAGGUAACUCGAUUCGGGGGGGGGGGGUAUAGACAAAUAAAAAUUACCUGGAGUAUCUGACGCUCAGGCGCUUUCCCCGUUUUUUGUCGGGCCGGCUUGUGCUGGUCAGAACCGACUAUGUCAGUGGUGGCGUGCAUCAACAGAUGGGAGAGACUGUCUCUCUCCCUCCUAACCUUGGCUCGCUCCCUAUUGCUGGGGAGCAUUGCGCACAUACUUUCGCUUUGGGCGACGCAUGACCCCGGUUGCCUCAACUCUGUUGCAGAACUUUUAUACAGGUUAGGACUCUCUCUCAGGAGUGGAGGCUCUCCCAGGUAUGGGACAUUUUUGGCAGGGCCGACGUAGACACUAUAACCCAACGCAACUAUACCAGUCGGAGAGGGGAGUGAACUACUGUGAACUGUUACUGCUUCUAAGGUGAGUGCUGAGUAGAUAGAAGCUUGCCCGCUCAAUAAAGAGCCAAAAAUGCGCACUGGCCAUAUACUGUUGCGUGGAGUGUCGUGACAAACAAUGGAUGCUAUGCCCAAAUGUAAAGCAAGUCGUGUGCUAAGAACGUUCAAACUAUGUGUUAACGUUACAGCAGUGAAUCCCACAAUAUCUGAUGUUAUAUUAGCUUUUUGCGAAGGGUAUUCCUCAAGCUUUGUCAUUCAAAUGUUUUCAGAGACACUAAAAAAACAUAGUAGGUUACAAAGUAGCGCUUCGUAGAUACAUUUUGAUGUUUGGGUUGUCACUUGUCAGGAACUCGUCCAAAUUCACAGUUCUAUUUUUGUUUCAUCAAACCAGAGGACAUUUCUCCAAAAAGUACGAUCUUUGUCCCCAUGUGCAGUUGCAAACCGUAGUCUGUCUUUUUUAUGGCGGUUUUGGAGCUGUGGCUUCUUCCUUGCUGAGUGGCCUUUCAGGUUAUGUCGAUAUAGGACUUGUUUUACUGUGGAUAUAGAUACUUUUGUACCUGUUUCCUCCAGCAUCUUCACAAGGUCCUUUGCUGCUGUUCUGGGAUUGAUUUGCACUUUUCGCACCAAAGUACGUUAAUCUCUAGGAGACAGAACACGUCUCCUUCCUGAGCGGUAUGACGGCUGCGUGGUCCCAUGGUGUUUAUACAGUGGGGGAAAAAAGUAUUUAGUCAGCCACCAAUUGUGCAAGUUCUCCCACUUAAAAAGAUGAGAGAGGCCUGUAAUUUUCAUCAUAGGUACACGUCAACUAUGACAGACAAAAUGAGGAAAAAAAAUCCAGAAAAUCACAUUGUAGGAUUUUUUAUGAAUUUAUUUGCAAAUUAUGGUGGAAAAUAAGUAUUUGGUCAAUAACAAAAGUUUCUCAAUACUUUGUUAUAUACCCUUUGUUGGCAAUGACACAGGUCAAACGUUUUCUGUAAGUCUUCACAAGGUUUUCACACACUGUUGCUGGUAUUUUGGCCCAUUCCUCCAUGCAGAUCUCCUCUAGAGCAGUGAUGUUUUGGGGCUGUCGCUGGGCAACACGGACUUUCAACUCCCUCCAAAGAUUUUCUAUGGGGUUGAGAUCUGGAGACAGGCUAGGCCACUCCAGGACCUUGAAAUGCUUCUUACGAAGACACUCCUUCGUUGCCUGGGCGGUGUGUUUGGGAUCAUUGUCAUGCUGAAAGACCCAGCCAUGUUUCAUCUUCAAUGCCCUUGCUGAUGGAAGGAGGUUUUCACUCAAAAUCUCACGAUACAUGGCCCCAUUCAUUCUUUCCUUUACACGGAUCAGUCGUCCUGGUCCCUUUGCAGAAAAACAGCCCCAAAGUAUUAUGUUUCCACCCCCAUGCUUCACAGUAGGUAUAAUAAUAAUAAUAAUAAUAUGCCAUUUAGCAGACGCUUUUAUCCAAAGCGACUUACAGUCAUGUGCGCAUAAAACAUUUUUUUUUGCGUAUAUAGAAGGUAUGAUGUUCUUUGGAUGCAACUCAGCAUUCUUUGUCCUCCAAACACGACGAGUUGAGUUUUUACCCAAAAGUUCUAUUUUGGUUUCAUCUGACCAUAUGACAUUCUCCCAAUCCUCUUCUGGAUCAUCCAAAUGCACUCUAGCAAACUUCAGACGGGCCUGGACAUGUACUGGCUUAAGCAGGGGGACACAUCUGGCACUGCAGGAUUUGAGUCCCUGGCGGCGUAGUGUGUUACUGAUGGUAGGCUUUGUUACUUUGGUCCCAGCUCUCUGCAGGUCAUUCACUAGGUCCCCCCGUGUGGUUCUGGGAUUUUUGCUCACCGUUCUUGUGAUCAUUUUGACCCCACGGGGUGAGAUCUUGCGUGGAGCCCCAGAUCGAGGGAGAUUAUCAGUGGUCUUGUAUGUCUUCCAUUUCCUAAUAAUUGCUCCCACAGUUGAUUUCUUCAUACCAAGCUGCUUACCUAUUGCAGAUUCAGUCUUCCCAGCCUGGUGCAGGUCUACAAUUUUGUUUCUGGUGUCCUUUGACAGCUCUUUGGUCUUGGCCAUAGUGGAGUUUGGAGUGUGACUGUUUGAGGUUGUGGACAGGUGUCAUUUUUAUACUGAUAACAAGUUCAAACAGGUGCCAUUAAUACAGGUAACGAGUGGAGGACAGAGGAGCCUCUUAAAGAAGAAGUUACAGGUCUGUGAGUGCCAGAAAUCUUGCUUGUUUGUAGGUGACCAAAUACUUAUUUUCCACCAUAAUUUGCAAAUAAAUUCAUUCAAAAUCCUACAAUGUGAUUUUCUGGAAUUUUUUCUCAAUUUGUCUGUCAUAGUUGAUGUGUACCUAUGAUGAAAAUUACAGGCCUCAUCUUUUUAAGUGGGAGAACUUGCACAAUUGGUGGCUGACUAAAUACUUUUUUUCCCCCACUGUAUAUCCUAGAUUUAGGACACACUUCAAAAUCUUUUCUCAUAGGAUUUGUUUUUUGACUGUCUUUUAUGCCAUUUAAACGUUUAUGCGUUUCUAUGGGCUUUAAUAGUAAUGGUAUGACCAUCUUAAAACAAUUCCAAAUGUCAACUUAUCACCCCCAAUGUCUUAGACUCUAAGGAAUUAAGCACAAUCCAUACAGAAAACAUUUAUUAUUUUCACUCCAGCUAUAAGAAUAAAAAUAUUGGCAGAUAUAGAAGGUAUCUGUGAAUAUUCCACUCUAAAAUCUGAAAAGGUAUCGGAUUCCAGAAAUAUGAGUCGGGCUCUAGACGACAUUGCUCGUUGAGGGCCCCUCGGACCCUCCUUUACACGUUUCCGCCAGUGGUUCUGAUUCAGCCCACAUUGGAGUGGGUACGCCGGUAGGGCUUACCAUUGAGUCUUGUGGCUCCCCAUUGGCCCAGGCAACCUUGGUUUGCGGAGAUCAUUUGCCUUUCAGGCAGGGACACGUGGAAAUUCCCGUUGUCCCAGGCGCACGGGCAGGUUUGGCAAUCGAGGCUGGAGAUUUGGUUCCCAUGGGCCUGGCUCCUGAGAGGGCUGAUCUGAUGGCUAGAGGUUUACCUCCAAAAGUUAUUGCUACCAUUGUCUGCAAGGGUUGUAGAGGGCUGUAUGUGUAUACGUGGCAAGCGUUUGAGCUCUGGUGCCAAGAUAAAGGACUUUUCAGUGCUCUGUGAGGGACAUCCUUAUGUUCCUACAGGAGCUUUUUAAGCAUUCUCCUCUUGAAAAGCGGUCUCAGCAUGUAAUGUGGGAAUUGACGGAACCCCACCCGGGGCUCAUCCCCUGGUGGUGCAUUUCCUGAAAGGUGUACGUCGUUUUAGACCGGUCUCUAAACCUUGGCACUGGUUUUGGAGGCACUGAGUGCGGCCCCCUUUGAGCAUCUGGAGUCAGUGGAUGUGAAGAUCCUCUCCUAAAAAAACUCCCUGCUUUGGCCUCGGCUAAACGUGUUGGGGACCUCCACGUGUUAUCCGUACACUGUUCCUGUACCGAGUUCGCCACUGGCGACUCUAAGGUGACGUUGCGUCCAAAUGCGGCCUUCGGCCCAAAAGUCAUGGCUAUGUCCUACAGGUCCUCAGCUUUUGAGCUAUUUCCCUUUUCACCUCAUCUUUUUGCUUCUGAGGAGCAACAGAGGUUACAUGCCCUGUGUCCUGUGCCAGCUUUACGCAUGUACAUUGAACAAACACAGGAUAUCUGGUUAUUCACCAACUGGUUUCGCUAAUCCAGCUCACGGCAGGGCAGUAUCUAAGCAGCGUCUCUCCCACCGGAUUGUGGAGGCUAUCUCCCUGGCAUAUAGCAACAAGGGGCAGGGGUCUGGCAGCGUCUUGGAGUUGUUUUAAAGGGUUGACUAUAAGAGAUAUUUGUGCUGCGGCGAGAUGGGCAUCACCACACACUUUUGUGAGGUUUUAUUGCUUGGAUGUAACUGCUCCCAGUAUAGCACCCAGUGUGCUUACGGCCGGGACAGGGGAAAGUCACUAGGCAGUGCGCUGUGUGUGUAAUACCCAGACUUUCCGUUGGGGUCGGCUUGGGGCGUGAUUAUAUUUCCCCAUAGUAUGUUGUACUGAAGUUGACUGACUGAAAGAGAGCGUAGAGUUAAGACUAUAACUACUAUUCCCUAAAGGAGGGAAACGAGGUACAACACCUGUUUGUCUCCGUACCGCCUGUUCCUGGGCUCGGUAAAGAGCGGUAUUAAAUUGAUGGAAUUAUUCAGAGCCUCACGCUUAUCACCUGUGGAAGGCAGGGCUUCCAGCAAGGUGCGGAUUUCAUUGGCCUUGUCAGGCGGGAUUGUAGAUCCUUCAACCGAAGUCGCAAGAGUGCGACUCACCCAUAGUAUGUUGUACCUCAUUUCCCUCCGUCAGGGAACUGUAGUUAUAGUCAUAACGCUACGUUAGGGUGUUAGGAUUUACCUGUGAGAUGCUGUGAUGUACCUGGGAGCUGCUGGGAUGUACCUGGGAAUUGCUGGGAUGUACCUGGGAGCUGCAGGGAUGUACCUGGGAGCUACUGGGAUAUACCAGGGAGCUGCUGGGAUGUACCUGGGAGCUGCAGGGAUGUACCUGGGAGCUACUGGGAUAUACCAGGGAGCUGCUGGGAUGUACCUGGGAGCUGCUGGGAUGUACCUGGGAAUUGCUGGGAUGUACCUGGGAGCUGCAGGGAUGUACCUGGGAGCUGCUGGGAUGUACCUGGGAAUUGCUGGGAUGUACCUGGGAGCUGCAGGGAUGUACCUGGGAGCUACUGGGAUAUACCAGGGAGCUGCUGGGAUGUACCUGGGAGCUGCAGGGAUGUACCUGGGAGAUAGUGUCCUGUGAGCUACUGUGACUUACCUGGGAGAUACUGUGUUCUGUGAUUUACCAGGGAGAUACUGUUUUCUGUGAGCUACUGUGAUUUACCUGUAAUACUGUGUUCUGCUCUUUGUAUUUCAGGCCGGUCAGGGUGUCUUUUUAUAAUAUGUGUGUUUUGUCUUAUCCAGGAUUUAGACCCGCUGGUUCCUCAGCAGCUGUCUGACCUCGACGCCAGCAUCUCCAGCGCCAUCAGCCAGGACGUCAGUCUUCGCGAUGCAAUGGUAACAGGUUCCACCUACGAUAUGAUCCCACCGAGGGGAGGAGUCAGGACCCUGGUAGCCAGGCAAGCAAGAGGGCCCCUUUUCCGACUGGAGUCCACAAACUCCUCCAACUCUGACUCGUCACCAGGGACGACCACAGGGCUGGCCACACUACCGUUUACCGCAGUGGUCAACGGAACGCAUAACGGAACAUUGUCCCAUGGUGCACUAGGAGGCUGUCUGGACGAGGCAGUGUUUGACCAGAUCAACCUACUGGGGCUGGAGGGCUGCUUGGACACCAUGGACGCCCAGCUGCUGGGGAAUCUACAGGGCAUCGACCCUUGUAUCCUGGAGGACCUCGACUCAGACUCCGGCCUCUCUCUGGAGAGCAGCUCUCGAGGCCCGACCUCCCCGGGUGAGUUGGAAGACUUCUGGGGCUGCUUUAGAAAGGUGCAAUGUUCAGAUAGGGGACAUAAUGAUCCUCUGCUUUGCAAGAGAAGGGAUCUCUUCAACCCUAGCCUAUAGAUCACACACAUCUGCAACAUUCUAAACAUUGCACCCUUCUGAAUAGCUAGUUGAGCAUACUACAUCUCCAUUCUAAAGUAGCUUACAUAUUCCUAUGUACAUUUGACUCCCCAGGUGCGUCUGAGGUGUCGUCAGCGUCUUCUAGUUCAUUCUGUGAGGACGAGGGCGGAGCUAUGGGCUACAGCAGCGAGGCGGACUCCCUCCCCUCCAAGGGCAUCGCAGAGUACGACACAACAUGGUCGCCUGUGGACCUCAGUGAGAGCGUGUGGCACGACCACAGCUACUCCUCCCCAGCCUUCUCCCACCCAUCAGCCACCAUGUUCCCCCACAAAGCCAUCAAACAGGAGCCUCUCAGCGACGAAGAUGACGACAGGGAGGAUUACGAAGAUCGAGAGCUUAGCCGCGACGAACUUCGUGCCCGGGCGUUGCACGUCCCGUUCUCCGCGACAGAGAUCGUCAGCAUGCCCGUGGAAGAGUUCCUGGAGCUGCUGGAGGGGCGUGGCCUAUCUGCAGCCCAGGUCACCCUCCUGAGGGACAUCCGGAGGCGAGGGAAGAACAAGCUUGCAGCACAGAACUGCCGCAAGCGCAAGCUGGACGCCAUCACAGGGCUCCAGGAGGAGGUGGAGAGGCUUCAGGCCCAGAGGAACAGGCUGCUCAGGGAGAGGCAGCACACGGCCAAGGCUCUGGGCGCCGUGGGCCAACGCAUGGAGCACCUCUCCAGGGACGUCCUUUCCAGGCUGAGGGACGACUCAGGACGACCCCUGACCCCAGAGCGAUACACCCUGCAGUGCGGGGCCAAUGGGAGGGUCUUGGUGCAGCAGAUCAGGCGGUCUGGUGUUGCCACGACGACAGCUGGAGGUAAAACGGACAAGAGGAAGAAGGAGAAAAAGCCUUGA